UUGAAAAUUGCAAUAAAAAUAAAGAUGAUGAAAACUCUUGUUGGUUUUAUAGCAAUUCUUUGUAUUUUCAGCCUUGUAAAAGGAGAUCCAUUCAACUAUGAAGCUCUAAAUUAUGACUCAUUUGAAGCUCAUAACAAGGCAAGAACAAGUCCACAGGAUUUUGCUAAGAUGGCUCAGGAUCAGCUUGAUAGCAAGUUUAUUUAUGAUAGAUAUGGAAGACCUACAAAAUCUAUGUGCUUAUCUAUAGACUUUGUUCCAAAAGCUCAUGUUUGCUACUACUCUUUGACUACACAGGAAGGACCAAAGGCAUGGAAUGAGGCUAUUAAGGCUUUGAACAACGCUCCAUCAGAAUUAAAACCACUCAAAUGGUCUGAAGGAUUAGCUCAAGCAUGUUAUGACCAUAUUCAUGAUUCAGGACCAAAUGGGUUGACAGGCCAUUACGGAAGUGACGGCUCAUCUCCAUCAAUGAGGAUCAACAAAUAUGUUGAUACAACAAUGUCAGGGGAGAAUUUAGCCUAUAGCGAUGCCGAAACAGGCUCAGAUAUGAUCCUUCAACUUCUCAUUGACGAUGGAGUUCCUGACAGAGGUCAUAGAAAGAAUAUUCUUAAUAGCGAGUUUACACAUGUUGGAAUUAGCUGUGGGUGUCAUACUCUCUACACAGAAAUGUGCUGCUACGCUUACGCCAAAGACCCUAAGGAAAAGGAUCCUGAAAGAAAAGCUGAUGUUGCUCCCCAAUUAAAGAGAUGCGAGGAUUACACUCCUAGCACCAGAGGGACCACUUCCGACAAUUUCAAAGUGAAAGAUGCUAAAACUCCUGAGAAGAACACCAAAGAUGCUGGAGAGAAGUCAGAGCCAAAACCAACAGUGAACCCUAACAGUGUGCCAACCCAUGGUCCAGGAAGUAUCAAUAAUUUCGACGAUUUCUUCCCAGGGCUCUUUACUAAACCUUACUCAGGUGGAAGAAGCAACCCUGUUGUAUUUGGGGAUCAUGGAAAUCUAGAAGUGGCUAACCUUAAUGGUGAUUGGGGAGAUGGAGAAUGGACUUGGGACUAUGACCACUACUGGAAUCCUGAUUGGACUUACAACAGUUGGAGUGAAGACCUAGCCCACCCCUGGAAAAAAGUGUAUUAG